AUGCCCGUUGAGAGCAACUCAGCCAAACUUGGUAAUUUACUGACUCCGGACUCCAGUCCACUGUACAAUGUGGUGCGGCUUCUCUCACGGUUAAACAUAGUAACGCCUACGCCGCGCAAACGCCGCAAGCGCUGCGUCCGUCUUGCCCAGUCCCAUCUGCCUCCUCGCCGCCUGAACACGCGCCAGGAUUCAAACAAAAUGAGCCGAGUUGGCAGAGGCCGACGCACGCGCGUCUACGACUGUAACUACAACAAGGGCGAGAGCUAUUACCGGCCGGUGUUGGACCGGCUAGACGGCAAAGUCCCCGUGGCCAAGGAACCGGACCGGGACAGUAUCCGGGCUGACGUGGACUCCCGUAUCAAGAGUGCCCUAGAUGAAAUGCAGGCACCGGUGGACGAGCUCUUCGAUUCGAGGGGCGCACGUGCACAGCGUGGCAGGCCGCUCUCCUCCGCUUUCGAAGAGAAUGAUCUGUCCGAUGAAAUUACGGAAUCUCUGAAGCGCCUACGCGCCAGCAAGAAGACUUCUCGUUUUUCUGACGACAUCGACUUCGAGAACAGCGUGUCCAAUCUUGAAAACCGUAUGCGUAUAUCUGAUAAAAUACUCGAAUCUGUAGGCAUUGCUUUGAAAGGUGUCGAUGAGGAAUCAGCUGCAGCUCAACGUGCUAAAGCGACCAGGGCUCGCUUGACUGACCUAGAGGAUGAGAUGUCUGAGCUUUCCGAGAGGACUGCCGCCAGGGAGAAACGCGCUGCCCGUCUUCGUGCUUUAGUUGCCGACACGGACUCCACGGACACAACUGUUGCCGCCUCCAAAAUCACCAUCCGCGCAGAGAGGGAGAAGAAACAAGUCACAUUU